CUAGCUCCGAAUCUGCACUUUCAGAAGCGCAGUGGUUGUUCUCUGAGACAAGCCAUGAGCGGUCUUGUCAUUCUACACCUUUGAAUCUGAAGCAGAAGAAGCUAGAAGAAUACACGUUUACGUACCUUUCCAAGCUCUGACAACACCAUCCUAGUGUCCCUUUGGGCUGUUUUUGGAUUGAUUGACGCAAACAACAGGAUGGCGACGCAGAUUGUCAUCUUGAAAAGGAAAAAGAACCAGAAGCGGAGGGAAGAGGAGGCCAGGCUUGCUGCCGAGCAGGGCAAAGCAGCCCCCGAGCUCCCCGCUUUCAGCAAUGGGAAAAGGCCGCCAGCAGGACGCUUACCGGCGGGUCUAGAGUCGGACACUUCGGACGCAGAGUUCCGGUACGGACGGCUGGGCUUGGAGGAUGGCCUCGACGCCGUCGAAGAACAGGAUCGCACAAUUGUCUCCCGCGUCUAUGACAUCAUCAAGGAGACCAAGUACCGGCAGACGCAAUACUGCAACCUGCUGUCGUUCCUUAUCUUUACGGGCCUGUACAUGACUGUCCUGUACAUGCAGCAGAACAGUGCGCUCGUGUACCAGCUGACCACGGCCAACUCUGCAAUUCUGCCAGAGGGCAGCAGCUUCACGUACGCCAACGACAUUUACGCGUACAUCAACGAUACGUUUGUGAAUACCAUCUGGGCGGACCCAGUGUGCGGCGAUGGAGUCUGCGACCGCCCCAUCGAGUUCAACGGAUUUGGGCGCUUUGGGUGUACCCCCGACUGCGGGGCAAUGGACACAGUCCCGGUAGCGGUCUCGUUUGAGACCGACUUCAAGACCGCGCAGGAUCAGGCCGACGCGGAAUGGAACGUGUGCAUGACGUAUCCGGACAAUCUGUGCUGGUUUGACACCAAUCAGAGGUUUGCCGACCAGUCGGGCGCGUACGAGACGACCUUGAACCUCCCCAACGGCACCUGGGAGGUCCGCCUGACGUCCCCCGGUGACGGUGUGUCAGGAAAGGCGACCACACAGAUUGUAGAUCCUUUGGGCGCGGCUGAAGACAUCAAACUGUCGAGCUGGGGCACCUGCAAGCCGGACGCGGAGUCGGAUCUGGUCCGCUGCCGCUCGAUCUGCGCAAAGAGCGUCGGAUGUGCUGUGGACGCCUGUUCGAACGUCAACGACCGCACCUUGGCCGGCCUCUUCGUCGACUGCAUUGGGCUUUGCAAUGCGAAUGUCACGGCCUUGGACCCUUACCAGAACCUGAACUGUCUCCAAAUUGUGUCCCUUGCCAACAGUAGCAAGCACGACUCCUUUUUCACGGCCAGCGGCAGGGUCUGCACCCUCGACCCCAUCUACGUGUCCGAACACCCUGACCAGGCGGCUACUCUCACCGCGCGCGCACAAGCACCCGUCAAGGGCUCCGACCUCACAGGAGGGCGUCGCCGCCUCGCGUCUUCCGGCCGGCGCCUCUCCCAGGCCGGAACCGGAACCGAGCUCUACUGGCAGCAGUUUGGGAACACGGACGUCCAACGCUUUCGCAAUCUGGCCACGGCCGUGUCGAGAGCCCUCAACACUUGGAUCAUCGACUCCUGCCUGGCUAAGUAUUAUAUGCCCCCAACCACAACGGGGCCUAAGAUGCUCGGCUUCUUCUGUGCUUAUUUUGGGGGCCCUGCUACGCUGCCGGGGUGCUCCUACACGGACGCGACGACCAGCACGACGCUGACGUCUGCUGACGUGGACGCUCUGCAUGCUGUUCUGGAGAGAAAGUAUGGCGCAGGCAGUCCGUACAACAUCUCCCAGCCAGAGCAGAAUCGCUUCAUCACUAUCCUAGAAAACGCGCUCUACGAAACCAUCGGUUUCACGCUCAGCGACGCGGACCUCGUCAAUGUUGGCAAUCACCUGCACGACACGGACGCUCAGGUUGUUCAGCAGGAAGUCAACAACUGCAAUCUCGUCAACGUUGUGCUUCCGUGGAAGCUGGACGUGCACUACGUCACAAAUAUCACCGCGGGAGACUCCAUCCAGUUUGUCUGGGCGGAUGACUUUCCACACGCUGUCAAAGGCAAGCUAUAUGCCUAUCCUUCGUCUUCAACUGCAGGCCAAAACAUGCAAGAUUCCGCUGACAUCUUCAACGGAUUCGGAACUGGCCGGCGAGUCAUCUCGACUGGCAGCUUAUGCAGCCCCGAAAACGUUGGAGCUGGGGAAAAUGGCAGCUUCUUAACGGACCCUGUGCCAUGUGUCGUUCGGUCCGAUAACGUUCUCAAAGCAGCUCAAACCGCAACAUCAGCCUUCUCUUUCACACAAGUAUUCACUCAGCCUGGUGUAUACGAAUACCUGGACUCCCGCUUUGGAUCAUCGAUGACUGGGACAGUGUACGUGUCGCCCAAGGACAAAGGCCUUCCUCAAACGGUGACAACUGAGGACCAGCGCGAGUGCGCGCCCGGGUGUCCCAUCCGCUUGCUGGCCAACGGUCGCUGCGGCGCCAGCUUCGGCUGCAAUUCCGUGGAGUGCGCUUUCGACGGCGGGGACUGCUCCUGCCCGGAUCCGGCGACCGUGCUGGCGACCACCUCCGGCGGAAGCGGAACCAACAACCUGUGCAAGUGCCCCCCGGGACAGAUCAGGAGCGACGACGGCGCGUGCUGCCAAGCAGAACCGAUCGGCCAGGAUUACCGUGCGACCUUUGAAGUGGUGAUUGUGAACAACCAGGAGUCCCUUUUCGACCCCAGCAACUGCACAAGGACCCGCUACGCGACCAAUCACAACAGAAUUAUUGGGGGCCUGUACAUGAGGCAGAAGAGAUACGGAGGAGAGCUUUGCAAAGACAAACGAUUCCUGAGCCUCUUCCAGUACUGCAUCGACGGAGAGUCCAUCGCGCCCUUCGGCGUGGACCCCGUCUUCGUGCCGACGUCAUCUCUGUUCAACCCGGACCAGGUCGCCAACAUCGGUGACUAUUACUCCCCGGAAGAGAUCACAUUCCUCGGGGUCCCCAUGGGCUUUUACAGCGAGGACUCGGGGAAGGGCGACCCGGGCUUCCCUAUAGUCUUCGACAUCAACUUAGACCAGGCCGGGGCGCAGGCCCGGUUGCAAACGCUGGCCGACGGGCUGUUCCUGGACAACGCUACCGACAGCCUACUGCUGCACUUGGUCACGUACAACGGCGAGAGCCACUUCUUCGUGAGCACGGAGGUCCGGCUGACCUUCCAGCGCGCGGGCAAGAUCGCGGUCAACACCAACAUCAACGCGGUGGACGUGCAGCCCUACCGGCGGCCGAUUGACUACUUGCUGGCGUGUUUGGAGAUCAUCGUGGCGUGCUCCAUCUUUUUCGGGGCCUACAAGGAGAUCGCGGAAGCGAUCUCGAUCCGGCGGAAGAAGGGCACCUUCUGGCCCUACUUCGCGCAGGCAUGGAACUACAUCGACCUCGCGUCGCUCACGCUGCUCGUGACGGCCGUCGUUAUGAGGAUCGUCUUCGUGGCAUAUUUGGCGCCCACGUUCCACGCGCGCGCGCGCUACGAGAUCUACGAGAGCCUGACGCAGCCGGCGCGCUUCUUCCAGCUCAAGAAGGACGGCUCCGAGCUGCACGACUUCACGCACCUCCUCGAGAAGGUCCACUACCUCAUCUCGUAUGACGCCGUGUACGCGGGCAUCAACGGGAUCAACAUCUUCUUCAUGAUCCUGCGCAUCCUGAAGCACAUGCACUUCCAGCCGCGCAUGGGCGUUCUGACGCGGACGCUGGUGGAGGCGGGCCCCGACAUCCUCAACUUCUUCAUCCUGUGGACCAUCGUCUUCCUGGGCUACUCCUUCAUGGGCCACAUCGUCUUCGGACGCUCCGUCGACUUCUUCCGCAGCUUGGGGUGGUCCAUCACGAGUUGUUUCCUCUUGAUCCUCGGAGACACAUCGUUUGAAUAUAACUUGAUGACGCUUCAAGGUUGGGAGUUCGGUGCCGGCCAAUUCUUCUUCUGGACCUUCAACUGGUUCAUCGUUUUCAUCAUUAUGAACUUCCUGAUUGCGAUUGCAGUCGACGCCUUUGUGGAUGUCAAGGAGAAGACCGAAACCGCCCCCACAAUGCCGGAAGAAAUCGCGGAGUACGCGUACUGGUACAUCCAAUCCGUCGUCAACAAGCGGCUCUCGCAGAGGAAGUUGCUCAAGCAGCUCAAGGUCUGGCGGCGAAAGGCGCGCUGCGGCGCGACCAAAGCCGGCGACGCGAAGUGUAAGGAGCUUGACACUCACGACGAGGAGGAGGCGGAGGAGGAGAGCGAGCUGGUGCUGAAGCUGGACGGCAAGAACAUCGACGGCGAGUCGCUGCAGAGUAUCUUCGAGAGGCGCUGCCAGAUGGAGGACCGCGACGGCUCGGCGGACCGGCCGGAGCGGAUCGCGAAGCAGAUCCUGGUCGAGUACGGCGAGCACGUGAAGAAGCAGUUCAAGCAGCCCAAGAAGCCCAAAAAGAACGCGGAGCUCUUGGAACUCAAGGACGCCGUCCGCAACCUGGAGCUGCGCAUGCGCGACAUCGGGGACCUGCUGCACGGCCGGCUGGAUGCCAUUCACAGCGAUCUGGCCGCCGGCGGUCUCGCGCGGAGCGUCAUCCCGGAGGGACGUGAGGACGAGGAAGAUGACGGCAUGGAUGACGGAGACGAGGGUUCGGACGGCGCUGACUCCGACAACGGCGGCCCAACCACGCGAAGAAAUGAGCUCUUCGAGAAGUAAUAGCACGUCGAUAUUUAGCCGAGCCUUCCGAAGGAGGAGAAAGCAAGUUUGACACGGGAGUUGAGAGAAUCGUGAGAUAUACUUAGUGAAUUCAACUAGAAGCGUGAGCGGAUCCGCGACGAGAGUUUGAUAUUUCUUUUGUGACCACUGAAUAGAAGCUGCAAAGAGAUCUAUGCAGCCGGUGACUUAGUAUCUAGAAGGGAGCGAAGACCGCAUCUGCCAAAAUCAGCUGUGAGUAAGAACGUAGGCAAACAGGUUCCGUUUUCGCCCCUUCAGUCCUUCAGGUAUUAUGCCGGAACCAGUGAAGUAUCAGGAAGCUUGCCACGUGCAUCUCAAGCUUAGUCGGCAGAGGCAAGGUCGCGGGUGAUGGCAGUGCGCGCGCCUUUAAAAGGGUCAAGACGCCCCCGUGAGUCCGCAGGGCGAGUCAAUGUUAGGCUAGGCCCGUACUGAGUUGCGAACAAAGGACACUGAAAGCUUUUGGGACUUUGGCGCAGUGUAUGUAAACCACUUUUGUUUGACGGAUAAACAAGUGAGUAAGUACAGUGGUUCAUGGCAUCUGUACUUGCUACAGAAGCCCUUCCACUGAAUUCGACUGUGA